AUGAAACAUGUUUACUUGGACAGCACACUUCACUCGUUGAGAAACGAUGAAAGUAUCAUUGCUUUCAAUCCCAGAAUCGAGGAAGCACGUAUCCACACCAAUCCUAAAUGGAUCCUCACAAGCCAGAUCAGGAACGAGGUGGUAAACGAAAGUAUUACGUUGUUCUGGGACAUGGAGGCGUACAACGGCAAGUGUUUAGUGGUGAGGACGAUGACUAAUCUUACAAAUCACCGAAUGGUUUAUGUCUACGACUUGAGAGUGAAUAAGUGGGCAAUAGUGGGAUCAAUGCCAAUGAUGUGCAAUAGUGGGAUCGAUGCCAUCGUGGUCUUCUGUUACCGGAGUACAAGAUCAUGA